AUGUUAAUUAUUUGUAUACUGAUUGAAUUUUGUUUGAGGGUGUAGGCAAAAGAGUUUUCAGUUUAUAAAAAUGAUGAAUAAUUGCUUGAUAGUUUUUCUCAGUUUGGAAUAAUAUUGGGAUCAAAUAUAACUUAUGAAACUCAAUCAGAUUAACCCUGCUACAUCAUAAAUUAAAAAUUAAAGAAUAAGCAAUCGGAAGAAAUCAAUCUAGUACCUGAAUUUGAGGAGAAGACAUAUGCGAAUUUUUAUGAUAAUGGAAAAUUGAAUGGAGAUAUCAAUUUCAUAGUUUAGAUGGUUCCAAUUUCAACUGGUGCAGUUGUAUUGAGCAAUCAAGGGGAAUUAAUUUAUUUAAAACUAGUAGAGAAUUCUUUUCAAUUAGCUGAUUCAAAGAUGUUAUCUAUUACAAAAGAAGUAUUCCUCAAGCCUGUGUAUUUGUAAUACAUCUAGAAGUCGAAUGAAUUAUUGAUCAUACUGAAUGCCGAAACCUUGAAAAUCAAAUUGGAUCUUGAGGGUGAAUCAAUUUUUGGCGAAAUUACAAAGAUAUAUGAUGUUUUUUUGACGGAAUAGAUAAAGAGUGUGGCCAUUCUCGAAGACUUACUAUUUGUGGCUUCAGGUGAAUAAGGGUUGCUUAUAUAUUAGGUGAGCAAAAGAGUAUUUGAAUAGGUACAAUGCACUGUGGAAUUUAAAAACAUCACAGAUUUAAGAGUAUUUUCGGAGAAUUCAGUAUACUAUAUUUUUGCACUUGAUUAUGAGAAAGGCAUUAAAGUAAUCACUUUCAAUACUAAAACAGGAUUGUUCUAUGAGAAUAAAUCGUUAACUAAUAUACCAUACAGAGGGGAGAUUAUUGAUUUGUAUUAGGAUGUGUUAAUGGUAGUUGAAGAGAAGGAAAACGAUUCGAUAAUUCAUGAAUUGUAAAUUUAAUACGAAUCUAAUACUUGGAGAUUGAUCCAUUAGCAUUCAGCAUAGAAGUACAUUCAAGAUAUUGAAAUGACUGAGAAUUAUGCUAUCAUUUUAGGGAGAAAUGGACACGAAAUCAUAUAUCAUUCUCUACCUUCUUAUGAUAUUAAAAUUCAGGAUAAAAUUAUUAUACCUGGAUUAUAGUAACUCUUUUUUCUUGAUAAAGCACAGUCUAAUAACAUUUAGGUGUUCGGAGUAACAAAACAUAAGUUCUUCACUACAAGACUAUAAUUGUUUCCUCAAUUCAUUAGUUGUUUCUAUAGCAAGGAGGCAAAUGAGAUAAAAUUUACUUAUUAUCAGAACUCUACAAAAUGUCCUGGGUCAACUUAAAAUAAGAUUUGUCAAUACAAAUAAAAUUAUACCGUACAAUUUGUUCACCCUAUUCUUACAUCGGAACAAUCUCUCUAUGUGUAUAUUACAUGUCUGAUCAUUGUAGCGCUCUUUGUAAUAGUUUUGGGUUUGUUGGUAAAAGAAUACAACAGAUACCAAUUUAUUGUAAAGAGUCAUAGCUCGAAAGAUUCCUACGACUAAUCAAGUGGAAGUAGGGCUCCUCCAACCAAUGACAUAUACGUUUUGAACUCAUUUGAUAGCCCGUUGAAAAUUAGUAAAAAAUCAUAUAUACCUUCCGUUCCUGUAUAAAAUGACUAAAAGAUUGAAUGA